AUGAAGAAAAAGAAGGUCACAGUCCUCCAGUAUGCCAAGUGCAGAAUAUUUCUGGUCGCGAGGGAUAGAGAGAGCCGCGCUAUGACCUACGUCAAAAGCCAGCUACGCGAGUGCAUAUCCUGCCAGCAGCUCACAGACACGGACGAGGAGUCGGAUGGAGAACAGUCAGAGGGUGAAGACACGGUUUGUCUGUUCUUUCGGAAGGCCAAGGACGGCCGCAUUCUUCAGCGCAGCUUUGUCGUGACCAUUACUGGCCGGCAAUGCGAAUUGAGCCAAGUCAACCCGUACGAGCACAGCGCACAUGUCCCUCCGGUAUUCCCCCCCGCUUCACCACAUCUCACUCAAGAAAUGAUAGAAGAAUGUCGCAGGGAGAUCGCACCUCUCCUGCGCCGUUGGCUCAACCGUCAUCUUGUCUUGAGGGUCGAAUAUAAGUCGGCCACAAUCACCAGAACACCAGAGCUGAAUGGAGAGCGGCUUGUCUGCGGUAUCCAGCCCGUGCUUUGUCCGACCGAUGCGGAGAUUGUUCACGUUGAGCUUUCCGAUGGUGCUGGUUUGCCCUCGUAUGGCACUCUGUAUCAAUCCCUCGCUUCCGGCGUCCCGAUAGUGGUGUCCGGCAUCAAUCCCGGGGACAGCAACCUCACGCCCGGCUACUUCAUCAAAAGACACGGAAAAGAAAUUGUCACCGUCGUCAAUACUGUCACCGGUGCUGUGAGAACUGUUGCGCUGGAAGACUUCAUGCGCGAUUUUGGCACUUCUGACACUGAUGUCCAACCGGAAAAACUCAAGGAUUGGCCACCAACGAAAGACCUGCCCACCGCCUUCCCCGAAAUGUUCAGGAUCUUCCAGGAAGCUCUAGUUGGUCCAAUACUGACAACAAAGUUUGGCGCUCUGAAUCUCGAGACAAACAUGCCAAUCGGUUCCUGUCCGCCAGAUACCGGACCGAAAGCGUACCUUGCUCAUGCGGCGACAAAGGGAACCACUACGCGUCUACACUGCGACAUGACGGAUGCGGUCAACAUAUUAUUUUUCGAGCAGGACAGAAUCGAUGGCGUGGAAGGAGGUGCCUUGUGGACCAUGAUCUGUCGGGAUGACAUGGCCGAAGCUGAGCGUCUACUAUGCCAAUGGAAGAAAGGCAAGUUUGAGGGUCAUCCUGUUCACUCGCAGGAGAUCUUUGUCACCCCGGACGACGUGGAACGUCUCCGAGCGGCAGGACUGAGAGUAUGGACUCACGUACAGAAACAGGGCCAGGCCGUGUUCAUCCCAGCGGGCGUCGGACAUCAGGUCAGGAGUGCCACUAUCCGAACCGAGAAGCGACGGCUGAUCAGCAGACAGGUCACCAACCAGUCAUCUUGCGUCAAGAUUGCUGUUGAUUUCGUUACGCCUGUCAACGUUGUACACUCGGAAACGAUCGGGGAGGAGCUACGGAAACAUCGUUUGGAUAUUGAUGAUACAGAUGCCGAAGAUGUACUACAGCUGGCGUCCAUCUGCUGGUGGACAUAUGUUCGCUCGCAAACCGAAGAAUAUCUCUCUGCCCGGUCCGAUCCAUUCUCUUCUCCUUGGACGUGCCAGUACUCUGCAGCUCCGGCAUACUUACAAGUUCCAGUCAAGGUCGAUGCACGUAUGUACUCGCCCUCGCCUUCGGGAAUGACCUGA